CAAGCACUUCAGUGUUUUGUAACACAUGAUUGUAGUGAGACUACAUACACUGACUUUUCCCACUCAUAACCAAGAGUCCACGCUGAAUCAGAGCUUGUUUCCAGGUAAGAGGGCGUGGUGUUUGGUUUUAUUUAUUUAUUUAUUUGUGUUUACUACACGAGGGGCAGCAAACCAACGCUUUAAAACAGCGAGAGGAACAUUCAUCUUUAAUGUAACACACCCUGAAAUAGUGAGAAAGUAAGAAAGCCUUCCGGACGCGGGGAAAUAAAGGAUAGAGACAGCAGAGACGCGAAGAAAGCAACAUGGAGUUCCACUCAGUCCUGCUGACCACCGGCGCGUCCGCGGGCUUCUUCACCCUGGUGAACCGUGGACUAGAGACGCUCUACAUACCAGAGACAGCUCAGAGAAAUAUAUGGAAAUGGAGAAAUAUCUCGACAUCUUUCAUUCACAGCCUCAUCACUGGAAUAUGGGCUGUGCUUUGUUUUUAUAUGCAUCCUGAAAUGGCUGAGGAUUUGAUAGAAACGCACUCUGUCUUCUCACAUGCUUUGGUGUGUGUAUCAAUUGGAUACUUCAUGUAUGACUUCUUUGACAUGGUUUUCAAUCAAAGGAUUAACCAGUCAUGGGAGCUCCUUUUUCAUCACAUGGUGGUGAUCACUUGCUUUGGCUUGUCAGUCCUGACGCGUCGUUACGUGGGCUUCGCGGUUGUGGCCCUGCUGGUGGAGAUCAAUUCCAUCUUCCUGCACCUCAGGCAGAUGUUGCGGAUGGCCAGUAUUGCCAAGAGCACUGUGUACCGUGUAAAUAGCAUGAUUAACUUGGGCACAUACGUGGUGUUCCGCAUCAACACUCUGGCAUGGAUGACGCGCUGGUUGGUGCUGAACCGUGAUCACAUUCCCCUUUUCAGCUACACAGUGGGGAGCGUGGGUAUGGCCAUUAUGACCCUCAUGAAUAUUGUUCUGUUCUACCGCUUGCUUCGUACCGACUUCCUUAAGUCCAGCCGUGAGAAAGAGGUCAAGAAAGACAAGGACGUGUAGUAGGAGCAGGAACGCACUCUUGUCUGAAGUAUACAUACUUCGUCCAGAGCCUCACGUUCCACAUGUUGCUGAUGCCAGCAUCUGAUGACAGGUUGUUCUGUAUUAUACCAGCUUCUGAUGUAAUUCCUCCUAAAAUUAUAAUUCCCUUAGAAGAAAAUACGCUUAAAGAUUGUCAGUAGUUUAUAGCAAAGAAUCUGAUCAGGUGAUGAAUGAAACCAAUACUUAAAUAUGAGGGGCGUUUUAGUCAACCCGAGACUUGUGAUGAAAUUUCUUGUGAAUGAAGGCGUAAAACUCUAGGACACAGUUAAACAUCUGAAUGAGGUAAAACUUUAAAAGAAGGCUGUUUGUCUGUGAACAACAAUCCUGGCCAACAUCCUGUUAAUGUUCAGCAAGUGGAACGCCUGAUCUCUGAAAAUCUACAGAUAACUUUAGUCACCAAUUUUUGUAAAUGAUGUAUUUUUCUGUGGAAACUGUAAACACUCAUGCGCAACAUUCACGCAUAUUACCUCACUUGCACAUUUUAGGAACAUGGCUGGGAGAUUCCCUGUACAGUCCUGUCCAGCCAUAUCCACAUGUUUGGGCCAUUAAAGGAGUCUCUGGGUCGCCAGCAUUUCAGACGUGAAGCAGGCAGUCCAAUUAUGGCUUCCAUGUACUGAGAAAACUACCUAGAUUGUAUCCAAGCACUAGUGAAAUGUUAGUGUAGCUGGGGAUUAUAUAGAGAAAUAAAGACAAUUUAAAUUCACAAUCAAAAGUCCCGGUUUGACUUAAACUCCCCUCGUACCUAAAUUACAGAAUGAAUGGUGUCUGUCUGUAGUUAUGAUUUAGUUAAACCACAGCAAUUUUUUUCAAUAUAAUUAUUAAUUAAAAACUUACAACUAAUUAUACCAGUUACUAAAUGCACUAACAAUAUUUGUACGAUCCUUUGCCUAUUGCAGACCUCAGAAAGGUUUGUUUAACCUUUUAACACCUACCUCUGCUGUCUCAUAAUCAUGUAGCGAUUGAACAGUAAGUCUUUGCCUAGUUCCGUCUGUGUAUUCAGGGUCUGUUAGCAGUUCUAGCAGAGUGACCAGAGUUUUGCCUUUUUGGGAAAAGAUUACUGUUGAAUUGUAAAAAUGUUGUUUGUAAAAAUGCUUUAAACCAGGUUUACCUGUUUAACGAUGAUUGCAAGACUGCUCUGAAAAUGUCAUCAGUCUCAGAUGUAUGCAGGACCACCACCUUAAUGCUGGACUAAAAUCCUCUUCUUCUCGUCCAUGCAACACUGACAUAGUGCAUGAUAUAGUGCAACAAGUCUGAUGUCUGAUAAAUAUCACAAGCUUGGUGUUGACCGUCACUAUGAUCUCAUGGUAGCUGUAUUUACAGGAAACUGUUAACACUGUGCCAAUAUUGUGAAAUGUUUGAACAAUUUCUGAAGACGUUUUGUAUAUUUGUGUGUGGGAACAUUUUGUAUAUUUUUGUAAUUUAUUUUUACAUAAAUUUUGUUCAAAAGUCAUACUAAAAUGCAUUUAUUGCUGAAAAAAAAUUUAGUUAUGGUAUAAAUUAGUUGAUAGUGUCUUUAUAAAAUAUUUAUACACUACAGAUACACUACAGAUCUUUUUUUUUCUAAUCCAUAUUUUAAUGUUUCAUGGUGUUUUGACAUUAAAGCAUAAAAAAAACUAAUCAGAUGUUAAUUGGUAGUGUGUAGAGUUUAUGCUGGCUUUGUCAGGGUUAUGAGGCAUUACAUAUCAUAUGUAGCACUUUGGUAACCAUGCAGCAUACCAGUAUGUGCCACAAAUGAACAGUUUUAAAUAAAAUUACAUCAAUCAUUACA